AUGAGGCUCAGACCUUCGCUCCAUCCCCUCCCGGUUCUCUCCCUAGUAGCAUCGACCGUAUCGAUCGUUCUCCCACCAGCCAACACAACCUUGACCACCACCGCUGCCAACGUUCCCAAUCUCGCACCCAGAAUUCCCAGUCACUACCCUUGCGACUGCUACAUCGUCUCUGGCGAUGAGCCGGGCUACUUCACCGACUACCAAUUCUGGGACUUUCGCGAUGUCCCUCUCCCGCAGAGCCUCAUCAGCGACGGCUACGGGCCCUCAACAGUGAGCCAUUGGGAAGCGGAAACGGUGCCGCUAUCUCAGACACCUUUCAGCAAAGAUUGGCAGACGCAGUCGUGGAGUCGGCAGGAGACGACGGACAGCACGGUUCCCAUGGUAAACGACGACGCGAAUGCGUUCUUUGCCAAACAUCCUAAUCUCCCCGCUGCCAGCCAGCUUGUUCUGCGUACAACUCGGCUAGAGGACUACUCGUCUUCUGCAGAGGUGGAGAGCCAGCACGGAAACUACUUCCACGUCUCAAUUCGCGUUCGUAUGAGGCUUAUGUCGGGUGAAGCAAUCUCGAGACGGCCGUGGGAUGAGACGCCGGAUGUCAAUGAGGUACCUAAGGGUGCUUGUGCUGGGAUCUUCACAUAUCGCUCAGCUACGUGCGAGUCUGAUGUCGAGUUCCUGACGUCUGAUCCACCGAACACGAUCCACUACGCGAACCAACCAGACUAUGACGCCGAGAACGAUAUUAUCAUACCCGGUGCGAGCGAGGUUGUGACGACCGUCCCGGUCCCCUGGUCUGAAUGGGUGACGCAUCGUAUGGACUGGUUUGCGAACGAGACCGUCUGGUAUGCCGAUGAUGAGUUACAAGCGGUCGUUUCCAAGAGCGUACCGGAUCGUCCGAGUAUCCUCGCCCUGAACCUGUGGAGCGACGGUGGACUAUGGACGGGUGACAUGCAGGUGGAUGAUAGCGUCUACAUGGGAAUUGAAUGGAUUGAGAUUGCCUACAACACGUCAGCGGCAGGUGACGCCCCAAUUGAAACCGGCCAGCGGCAUCGAGUUCGGCCCUCAGAGCGGACGAAAAGGAGCUCCCACAGGAAGAGGCAGACAUCGGGUGAUGACGCUGGGGAGAGCGACGGUGUAAUAACUCAGCUCAGUCGGGCCCAGAAGAGUAUCUACAAAUAUUUUGUGCGCCUACUAUCUCUCGAAUUUGAUGUGGAGCAACGUUAA